AGCACAGCCCGGGUUCUGGUUAAGCUCACAGUGGCAGUGGUGUUUGGUGAAAGGCCAGCGAAAGAGCAUUGCCAUCCUGGCUGUGCCUAACAGCAACGAAGGCAUUGGCGUCUUCAAUAAGGUAAUUACACCGUUUGGGGCUGAGAAGGGAGAAGAGUGGCUGUUUCCAGAAGUGGUUAUUUCCUCCUGCAAAGCCCCACUCCAGCAGACCGCUGGUGGAGGAGGUGGGGUGGUCAGCAUUUCUGAGCGUCGCACACUCCUGGGAUUUUCCAGGAAUAAAACUGCACGAACAACAGCCAUCAAACGCAACCGUAGCACUGUGGUGUGGGGAGGGCUGAAAACGGGGGUUUCUGGCUCCUCAGGGGUUUUGGUGGUGGGGAAGGGUGGCUGGGAUACGGGGUCAAGAAGAAGGUGGGAGAUGAUAUCGUAGCCCCAGUGCCUCACCUUCUGUUUGUCUGUUUCUUUUUCUAUGAAGCCUUGUUGCUGUUGUUUUCCUUUAAAACAUAACCUAAUAGUUUUGGUUUAUUCAAGGCUUUCUGUUCAAAGGUCCUGCAGCGCUCUGCCCCCAGCACAGCUCCUUCUAUCUGCAUUCCAUCAGAGGGCUGUUGAAAGCACAUUCCCAUUUGCGAUGAGUUAAAAAUUAACCCCGCAGCAGGACUGCAGGGCGCAGUGUGUGCCCGCCCACCCCUCGGGCCACUGCAGCGCUGUUUGCAUGGCGAGCUGCAGCCCUACAGCUCCCGGCAGGCCCUGCAUGGGGAGAAGGAUGGAGGGGCUCCCCUUUUUGGGCGGCCCUUCCCAUCAGUUGUGUUCUCUGGACCCUUCACCAGCUUCACCCACACUACUGCACUCACUUUAACGUAUGGACUGCAAAACCCAGUGUAAACCAGUCGGCUUUGUGGGAUGAUAAAGGAUCGCAAGGCACAAAUGGCAAUGGCAGGGAACUAGGGGCUGACUAAACCUUUCUUGUCCAUCAGAGCUAUUCCUGUGGGCAAAGUGAAAAGCGAGAAGGACACAUCCAGCCAGAGGGCUGAGAGCGUUGUGCAGCUCGUUCUGCUUCCCUGCUUGAUGCUUUGUGGCUUCGGGAGAGCAGUUUUCAUCUGAGUUUGUGUUGGUGCCUUUCUUCGCAGUCCUGGGCAUGGGCUCAGAGGCAUAUCACCCCCAGAGGGUCACCUGCUGUCUGCUGCUGGUCUCGGCAGCGGGGCACAACCCCUGGCCCUGUCUGCAGUGGGGACCAUGGGAAGGAGCUGGCUUUGCAUCCAGAGCCCCCACUGAAAUCCUCUCGAUGGGAGGCUGUCACUUUGUGCUACGCCGGAGUCUGCGACCCCGUCCUGCGUCCCACUGCUGAGGGGCUGUAUGUGUACUUGUAGACCUGCACGGGGAUGAAGUCAGAUGUGAUGGCAAUCACCAGUCCAUUCCCAAUGACAGCCAGGAUUCCGAUGGCUUCCAGGACCUGCACCCAAAUUCCUGCAGGAGAGGAGAAGGAGAGCUCAUACCCUGACAGUUCUGUUCAUCCUCACCUGUGCGCUGGGAUACGUAACCUUACUUGAAGAAACACCUCAAGACACAGCCUACAAUACAAAGAGAGGUAUUGUUGCCAGUAUUUUGGUUUUCCUGUGUUUUGGAGUUACACAGGCUAAAGAUGGACCAUUUUCAAGACCUCAUCCAGCCUACUGGAGGUUUUGGCUGUGUGUCAGCGUUGUGUAUGAGCUCUUCCUCAUCUUCAUACUCUUCCAGACCGUACAAGAUGGCAGACAGUUUAUGAAGUACAUUGAUCCACAUUUAGGUGUUCCUUUGCCAGAAAGAGACUAUGGUGGCAACUGCCUUAUUUAUGACCCUGGCAACGAAAGUGAUCCAUUUCACAACAUCUGGGACAAACUGGAUGGAUUUGUUCCUGCUCACUUCUUUGGCUGGUACCUGAAGACACUGAUGAUUCGAGACUGGUGGAUGUGUAUGAUCAUCAGUGUAAUGUUUGAAUUUCUGGAGUACAGUCUGGAACACCAGCUUCCAAACUUCAGUGAAUGUUGGUGGGAUCACUGGAUAAUGGAUGUGAUCUUAUGUAAUGGAUUAGGAAUUUACUGUGGGAUGAAGACUCUUUCUUGGCUUUCUUUGAAAACAUACAAAUGGCAAGGACUUUGGAACAUUCCUACAUACAAAGGUAAAAUGAAGAGAAUUGUCUUCCAGUUCACCCCAUAUAGCUGGGUCAAAUUUGAGUGGAAGCCAGCAUCCAGCUUACGGAGAUGGCUAGCAGUUUGUGGCAUUAUCUUUGUAUUUUUAUUGGCAGAGCUGAACACAUUUUACUUGAAGUUUGUCCUUUGGAUGCCACCAGAACACUACUUGGUCCUGUUACGGCUUGUCUUUUUUGUCAAUGUGGGAGGUGUGGCUAUGAGGGAGAUCUACGACUUCAUGGAUGACCCGAAAUUCCAUAAGAAAUUGGGUCAGCAGGCUUGGCUGGUUGCUGCUAUUACUGCCACGGAAUUUCUGAUUGUUGUGAAGUACGAUCCCUAUACGCUCACACUGUCUCUUCCUUUCUACAUUACCCAGUGCUGGAUCUUGGGGAUUAUACUCGUGCUCACCUGGACAGCCUGGCGCUUUUUUAUUCGAGAUAUCACGUUGAGAUAUAAGGAGAUCAGGCGACAGAAGCAAGAGCACAAGUAUGAAAAGGACAAAUGCUUGAGCAAUGGUGAUGGACAUUCUUCAAUACUGGAUGAACAGAAUGGGAGCAAACUAAGGGAAAGGAAACUUUGAACAACGGUCAAAGGGCUAAAAAGAACUCGUAGUGCUCAAGUUGGCCUGGUGGACAGUUUCAACCUUAUCCUACCUAACUUGUAACUUUCACUGUUAGUUUUCCAAGGUGUGAAAAUCGUUUUGAGGAGAAGAUGUCACUUUGACAUGCACACCCUUUCUAGUCAUGUACACCUAGUCAGAGUCGGAGAAAGUCUGUGUAGAGGGAAGUCAGAACCAGGACCGUUGCAAUGAGGUGGGAUCUUCGUCCAAGUGUGUUGCAUGCCUUCCUUGCAAAACAAGGUUUGGAGACAAGGGGCUUUAAAGCAAAGCGCAAAGGGAAUCUGGCCGAUCUGUAUUCAGUCAACUGUGAGAUUUUGGUUUUGACAUUUGGGCAUUAGGAGCGCAUGGCACGGGAAAUGAAUUUUGUGUCUUCUGCUGAAACUACCUUGAGGCAUGGAGUCAGGUUAUAUAAGGUGUUCAGCCACCAAUUAACAGAACUGCAGCGAGAUAAACUGCAAGCUUCAGAUGAACUGAAGCUUGUGAACAAGUUGCGUUACUUGCACAGAAUGUAAUGCAGUACACUACUGUUACAGCCCCUGUAAUGUGGGGGUUAUUGCCUUUCUCUAAACUGACUUUCAGUGUCCUGGAAUAGCUUACAAUAAUUUUGUUUUAUCACAGCUCUAGGGAGACAGAAGACUUCUUAGGCUUUUGUGUUUUUUUUUUUAAUCCUGGUCAUCUCUUAAAGGUAAGGGAAGUUUAAAUAAGAAAGGUCAGCCUGCCUUUUCUUUGCUUCAUGGAGUAAAAUCUAUUAUUAACAGAAAAAUGGGAGUUACUCCAUCAGUCUUAAGUUAUUUGCCUUAUUCUCAGCUCUUCUACUUUGCUUGCCAAGAGGAUUUCAUUCUUGAUGUCUGCUAUACAAAGCAUGUCCUGUUCCACCAUCCUUCAGAGCUGCCCCAUUCCUCCUAAGGUAACUCCAGACUGAGCAAUCUCCUGAGUCCAGCUGGAAAAGGUGUUCUCUGCAGUCCUGCACAAAACAGCUGCUGCUGUGCUGCCAUCCCUGCCAAAAGAGCAAACUGAAGGGAAGUGCAUCCAGUCUUCCCUAAGCAGCAUGUAGCAGUGGAGGUCUGCAGGCCAAACUAGACAGCAUUUUUGCUCAUGAUUCAGCAUUUGGGAAAAGAAAUUAGAAGCCUGGGCUGCAUUUUUUUUCAGGGUCAUUAUUCCAAAAUGUAAGUGCUGCAACUAAACAUCAAUUUUGUAACCUGUGCUCUAAGCCUUUGCUUUGGCCCCUAAGGCACUGAUGUAACCGUAUCACUUUUUAAGUACAGUGAUCUAAUCUGGCUGUUGAAAGAUAUUUUUCAGGGAAGUGUUUAUCCUGAAGAAAAUGGUAUAACACCAGUAACAUUUAAAAAGCAUAGCCCCCAAAGUUCUAAGUGGCAGGAGACUUGAGAUGCUGCUGGAUAGUAAACAUCCACAUUUCCAAUCCAUUUUGGUCUCGCACAUGGGGAGCCACCAAAAUAAAUCUGCAUUUCUCUUAGGUUUAUGAAGUGACCUAAAUACUUUCUGACCCUGAAGAACGAACACUUGGCAAUAGGGCAGUCUUCAAUGAACGGAACAGUUUGGUUGCAUCUGAAGAGCUCAGCAAAUGAAGCAGAUUUGAUGGGCCCUUGGGGCUGCCCCAGGUGCUUAGCAGACAGAGAGGAGGAUGACCAUUAUGAGAACGAAGCAUCCAGCUUUGUUCUUGAGUACGUACGGUUUACUGUGGAUAGUCACUCAAUGGCUGCUCUUAAAUCAUAAUAUUUUGCUGCUGUGAGGUAGUGAAGAAUAAAUGGCCGCGUAACUAGGUGCUGACAAAUCUAUAAAUGGGCAGACAGUGCUGAGUUGAGCAAGUAUUUAUUUGUAUGCUGUUUCAGCCCGAGUCGUUCUCAUUUCUGGCUUUCCACCAUUCUUAUGGACUGCUGACUGAUAGGUAGCUCGUACCGGUGUGUUGUGCUUGUGUAGUCCCAGGCUCAGGUCAGUACAUUUCCGUUCCUUCUGUGCUGAUUAACACUGUGGUCCCCCCUCUGUCUCUUUGCAGUACGACCAUCUGAGUCUGCUUUGUUGGUUGGGUGGUAACAGGCACACUGAGGAGGAUCUGUCACUGUACCUUCCUCCUCCUCCCCACCCCGCCAAAGACAAGCUGAGGUUCUUCAGAAACAACUGCUGAAGAAUCCCUGUUCCCCGGUAACAGUUCCGGAGCUUUGACUUAAUCCAUAAAACACUGACUUUGUGUUCGUCUACUUCCGUUUUAUCAGCUUUUAUGGUUAGUCUGGAUAACUGAACCAAUGUAAUAAAGCAAUGUUUGCUGGUGUGUUUUGGUA